AUGACGGCUAGUUAUCACGCUAAUGCCGAUGAUGAGGAGGCGACAUCAACGGUGAAAAUUGUCGAAAUAAGUGACAAGUCGCCGGUGAUAAGCAGAAGACGAUUGAACACAGUACACAAACUGAAAUCACAACAAAAGACGAGUGUUGUUUCACCGAUGUUCAAAAGUUUCGUUGAAAGGAGACCUGCUGCUUUCAUCGAGAAUAUCAUCAAGGCACAUGAAGCAAAUGCGAUUGAUCUGAACAAACAUUGUCCAUUUUUGAUACGAAAGAACGACGGAACGUAUGGAAUUGAUUCCAGCAGUCAUGUUUGUCGAAUUGGCUCUAGUGUCCAACCGAUAACUGUUUACGUGAUACCGUUCAUCGAACCUCAUCGGCAGUUGUCAGCGUUAAUUGAAUUCUCGAACAGAAUGGGAACGAACUCAAAAAUAGUUGAAGUCCUUCAAGAGUUAAUCAUUAAAUUCCUCAGUGAGCAUGCUUCAACAAUCUCGAAGAAGUACACCGAUAAAUCUCUGAGUUUGCAUAUGCUAACACAUUCACUUCGUAAUGAACUGGAAGCACUUACGAUCGUCUAUAAUGGUGUGUCGAAUGUAAUCAGUGAGGAUUUGUGGAAUUAUGAGACGGUUGAUAAAUUCAUUGAACGAUUUCUUCGACUGACUGCUUUCGCCGAAAUAAGGAGUGUUUUUGUGAAACGAAUUGUUCGUCGUCUACAAGUGGCGUUCAUAUCGGUGCUGAAACGAUAUUUNUGUAUGUUUGUAUUCGGUGUUCGAUCAACUGCAUGCUCGUUCUGGACUGCAGAGCUGAUCAAAAAUGUCAUCGAGGGUUCACGAGACGCCAAGCAACUUCGACAUAACAGCAAUGCAAAAGUUUUAUCAAGUAAGUUUGCGCUGUUCAUCAGAUAUUUGAAUCCUUCGAAUGCUGCGAUACUUUCAGAAUUUUCGACUUAUUUCACGGAUGCUCUCUACCCGAAUCACGGUGGUAUGGAAUUUGUGAAAGCUUCAGCGAUCAUAAUGAGUGCUGAAUAUGCGGCAGCACGUUGUGCUGACGAUAACGCCAAACAACUGUUCUCAUUCGUUCAACAAAACGGUGCAAUCGAUACGGUCAUGCGAGAAAUUGANUGCUGGAGAUUGAUCUUCACGGGUUUUGCUGUACGAGAAUUUGCAUUCGACCUGUUCGGUGCGACACGUGAUACGCAGCUGUCGAAUAUAGUCAUCUCAUUCUACAACAGUUUGCAAAUGUCUGGAUUCAGCGAGGAACGUGCAAACAAAUGGUACGUAACGUAUGGCAAUGGGACGAUUGAGCAGUUGUGUAUAACACCGAGGCUCCCAUGGCCCAUUAAUUUGAUCGUCGAUAAUCAUUUUAUUGAGACGGCGAAUCGUUGUAUCCGAUUUUUGUUGAAACUGAUGCGCUCCAAAGAAAUACUCUCACAGAUUCGUAUUAAUUAUGAUAAAGUUGAUGGAAAUGCUGCGUUCAAUCAACGCAAAUUGCAUCAUUUGAUAUGCCUGACGACACAACCUCUGACGGUGAUGGCCGAAAUUCUAUUCACUCAUUUACAAUCACUGUUCGCUAGAAAGAUGUGCUCUGUGUUGAAAUCGUCAACAAUAAAUGAAGCGCGUGAAGUACUCAUGUCGCUGAACUCACAACUCGAACACAUUGUUUCGACUGCUGGUAGUGGACGUGCUCUUAUUCAUGGAACAAUUUCAAAAUUAUGCAAUUUAGCUGAUGAAUUAAACACUCGAAUAACGAAUGAGAUGUUGACAGAUCAGGAUUUAGAGGAUAUGCUGAAGAUUGUGUUGAGAGAGAGGGAAUUACUGAUUGGACUAGGAAACGCAAUGCAAGGAACCAUUUUUAAUGUGCUGCAACUCUUUUUAUAG